CGGUCGGGGAACAGAGGGGGCUCUGAUCCAAUAAUCUACGCUCUAAUGAAACUACAGCCGCCCUGGACUCCGUUUUCCAUACCGGAAAGCGAGAGCCAAUCAGUGACGACAUUUCCCUUCUCCUUGAAGCGUCGAGCGAAAGUUUUCCAGGGAAGACGAAUCGGAAAGUUUGGGAGCCUUACCGAAGCUGUGAAAUUGCGAUUUACAAACCUGUCAGGAUGUCUUCCCCUUCCCGAAGGCUACAGACCAAGCCCGUGAUAACAUGUCUUAAGACAUUUCUUAUUUCUUACAGUCUUAUAUUUUGGUUAACAGGGGUCAUCCUGCUGGCUGUUGGUGUGUGGGGCAAGGUGAGGCUGGAAGCCUUCUUCUCCCUGGCCUCAGAGAAAAGCACCAAUGCGCCCUACGUACUCAUCGGCACUGGAGCCGUCAUUGUCAUCUUCGGCCUGUUUGGCUGCUUCGCUACGUGUCGCGGGAGCCCCUGGAUGCUUAAACUGUAUGCCAUGUUCCUGAUCCUGGUGUUCUUAGCCGAGCUUGUGGCAGGCAUCUCUGGCUUCGUCUUUAGACAUGAGAUAAAGGAUAUAUUACGUGUGUCCUACAAAAGCGCCAUGGAUAAAUAUGACGGUACUGGCCCCCAGAGCAAAACAUUGGACACCAUCCAGAGAAAUCUGGAAUGUUGUGGAUCUGAAAACUACACUGACUGGGAGAAUACGGACUAUUUUAAAAGCAAUGGCAUCCCCGAAAGCUGCUGCAAGGAGAGCGACAAUUGCACCCCCGACGUCCUUAAAAACCCAGACAAAGCUGCCACGGAGGUUUACCCUGUGGGCUGUUUCUCCAAGGUAACCGAUACAAUGGAGUCUAACCUUGGAAUCAUUGCAGGGAUUUCCUUUGGAAUAGCCUUCUUCCAGCUCAUAGGAGUCUUCCUGGCCUGCUGUCUGUCCCGGUACAUUACAAACAACCAGUAUGAGAUGGUCUAGGAGCACCCUGAUACAGGAUACAGACAAACUGAUCUGGAUAGAAGCUGCCUAAAAGGGACCCCUUACAGUUUUUAAUCUUUUUUUGUAUGUGUUUUUCUUAGCCAUUUCAUGUUAGAUCACUUGCUGCUUUUAAUAGUCUGUAUUUCAUUUCUCACGUAUUUCUGGAAUGAAGGGAAACGCAGGCCAAAAAUUAACCUCACAAGAAGCUCUGUUUAGUGGCAGAUAUAUGAUCGUUUUGACAGACAUGUUUGUCACAUGCAGUGCUGGCACAAAUUUUGGAAGCACUGCGUUUAUAAAUGGAGUUUGAUAAUCCAAUAUUUUGCAACAGUUCCUGUUUUUAGCAUAAAUGUGAUAUGUGCUAAAUGUCAUAUCAGCAUAAAACAAAAAUGAUUAAAUAAUUAGCAUUUGAUUUAAACAAGUAAUAACCAUUACACCUUCCUGUGCAUUAGGUCAUACCUACAUAAUUGAGCAAUGUAAUGUAUCUUGCUGUUAGAAAUUUUAUAACAGGUUGAACAUCUAUUUGUCAGGUAUUUGUGUAUUUACUAAUGAUCGCAUAAUGUCAUUACCGCUCGUGGAACAGAUAACUGUUAAAAAAAUACAGUUUUAAAAAUGGCUUCGAUAAACAACAGAAAGGACACAGAUAAAAGUUUUAAGAGUGCUGAACUUCUUCUUUAAGCACAGUGUUUCCAUAAUUUGUGCCAGUACUGUAUACUUUUACAUUUUCAAGAACAGAAUCAUGAAAAUGUGAAAAGAUUUUUUUUUUAAAUGUGACUUUAAAUGAAUUUAAAUCGGUAGUGUCUACUGGCAGGCAACCAUUUCCAUUUGUACCUCAAGACCUGUACUUAGUUCUUGCCCUUAUUUUGAUGCGAACAUGAAUCACCUGAUGUUAAUCACCUGUUAACAGCUGAAGUCAGUUGUUAAACCUGCAGGAGUUAGGGCCUCGGAUCUCCAGAACCAGGAGUGGGACACUGCUGAUUUCAAUUCAAGCCAUUACAUUUCUUAGAGCCAUUAUGCCGGUUUCAGUGUUUUGUGUAUGUGUCCUUAUCCCACAUGAAUGCUAUUGCAGUGCAUACAGCAGACCGUUUAAACUCUUUUGGGCCAGCACUGUAAUAUGACAAAUGUAAGACAAUGUGUUCCACGUUUGAUACUGUACAGUGCAAUACCACAAAAUGAAAUCUCUGUGUUUGGACAUUCGUUAUAUUCCAGUUGUGAACUACAAGGAAAGAAGUGGGAAGAGAAGUAUUUAUUAGUGUCGAUUUACAUGCCAUAAACUCUGUGGCCAGCUUGUGCCCAUAUUGUUUUGACUGUGGUGUUGUUCAAGUGAAUGCCAAGUGACAUUUUGUCAGAUCCUGUAUUCAGACUAGCCAUAGCCAUCUUUAUGGUGAUUCAAGAGGGCAGACCGAGUUUGUGAUUUCAUUCCAAAGUGUGCCUUUUGAAUUGCGUAGUUGAAGGUUAAUCCUCAGCAUGCUGUCUCUGAGAAUGUAUUUGGUCCUUACAUAUUUCUUCUUUCUUGAUGUCCAUAAAAAUGCAAUAUCUUUAUAGGACAAGCUGACUUUCUGGAUUAAAAAAUAAAGUUUUAUAAAUGUAAGUUAAAUAUUCGUAUAAAAAUGGAAAGAAUGAAUAUCAUGUCAAGUCAUGCCGCUGAUGAAUAUAAUUGGAAACAAAGGGAAUUUGUAAUUGUUACUUAAGGGAAAAGAGAAUGUGUACAUAAUCACUGCAAUAAAUACUUUUCAUUGACUAGAAACAUUUAGUUAGUGGUUUCAUGCAGUUUUAGUCCCUAUGGGGGUAAAAUCUUAGAGCAACUCUUAAAAUAAUGUCUUGUUCAAAUAGUUUGUGGUUUGAAAAAUAAAACUUGCAUAUUGUCAGUG